CCUUGUUCUUUUUCAUCAUCUCCACGAAUACUUCGAAUCACACGAUUUUUCAUUCAAGAAGUACGUAGAAGUACGCAAGAGGAAAAAGCUAUUCAUGCAUAGUUCGCAUUAGAGCAAGCACGCGGAAAGUAGAAAUAGAAGAAAAUGAAGAUGAUGAUUUUUCGACGGUCGUCGUGGUUGUUAUCUGGUGCAGCGCUGCCACUCUUCAGCGUUUUCUGGACGGCUGCGGCAAUGCAAUCUGAUGAGGAUUCCGAUGAAUCCUACGCUUCUAGUGGUUCAGAACCCAUCGAUGACACGAAAGUGGCGAAGAAAUAUGAGUCGGUAUUGACCAAGCUUCGAUGCGAACUGACGGAGGCAGAGACGUUCAUUGGACUUUACGACAACAAGGACGAGCAAACUAAAAUUCAGCGCGAAGAGGCGGAGGGUACAAGAAACUGGAUUCGAAGCCUGUCCCGCGAGCAGCGAGAGGGCUAUGCGCGAAAGUACGGAGACGAUUAUCUCUCAAAUCUGAAGUGUAUGGCUUAAGCCUUUGGAACAUCUUCAAGACCAUCCUGGCAAGCACGUAGUAAAAAAUGUUGCUUGAAAAUAAACAAGAUGCUGGGAUGUUCUUUCUGGAUGCAAAAAGCUCUGUCAUACACUUCGAGUGCCAAGCGACACUGCGCGACCUCGACGAUAAGUUCCUCACGUACAUUCGCAUGAAGGAAAGGGUGGAUUGCCUUCAGGUACAGAUAAACUCUACAAAAGAUGAGGCUCGAAAAGCGCAAACCAAUCGGGGCAGAGCAGGAGCGAGUGGAAGAACGAAGGGAUUGAGAUGUGAUGAGCAAGAAUGUCGUUAUGCCACGGGACCUGUCAAUAUUUCUGUUUUUCACAUUGAUGUGUACACUCUAGGAGACAUUCAUCUCUCUAGGAUGAUCCUUGAUAACAUGUGUACUAGUACCAAUAGCCACCUAGAUCCUACACAGAUCAAUAUACAUGUUCCAGGGCUGAAGGCCCUGGACCCUUUUUUCCGAUUAACUGCCGGGCGGGAAGGCCUCCAAACGGCCACCUUCGCGCCCUCGCGGCUUCUUGCGCGUGCGCUACAGAGCCCAAACCCUUGCGGCCGUUCAAGCACCGACGGCCGGGAGUGGAAGGCUUCCGAAGGCGGCAAGGCUUGACCCCUUGCCGUGUUGCAUGUCCCCGGCAGACCUCCCCCCGGUGUGCGGGCUCCUCACUGGGGGAUCUUCCCGGGGGGUGGGACGCCUCCGAGGGCAGCAGGUGGCAAGGCUUGACCCCCUUCGCUGUGCUGCAUGUGUCCAACAGAACUCCGGCGAGCACGCUUUGCCCCCACUCCUCCUCGCCUUUGGUCCUCAGCCCCCCCGGGCAAUUGGUGGCGGCUGACGCUGCCGCCAAUGGGGGGACGAGGGCAACCCAGCACAGGAGGCCAGGCCUCGCGACCGUGGCCGCCGAAUCUACCCCCGAAGGCUGUCCCCCUGAUAGGGUCCAAGAGUCGGGACGCCUGUGAGGUACGCGCGGAGAGCCGUGGGGGGUCUCUGGCUCCGCUUUUUGGGACCUUCGCCCCCGGAAAUCCUCACACCACCGCGCAAAAAAGGGCGCCCCGAUGCCCCAACAGCUCCAUCCACAGGCCGGAGGGAGGGGGGCUCCCUCCCUGGUACAUACAUGUGAGCUAUCUCCUCAUCUGCACACCGCAAUUAUUGGGAAGAUUUGCGUGACUGAGUGAGAUUGUACCAGAUAAAAAUGAACGCUAAUCGGGCGAGCACGAGCUAAAGCGCCGCUGUCAAGACGCGGAAAACACAUGCGAGUAUUUGGAAGAGACGCAGGAGCUACAGCAUAAGAAGCGUUUACUUUUUGAGGAUCAGAAGUUGCUUUCCGGACAACUAAAAGACGCGCGCAACACGAUUAACAAUCGCUCGUCCACCGCUACAGAUCGUCAGCGAGUUGUGCAAGAUUUUCCGAAGCUGCAACAGAAGGCAAACUUUCUCAAAGGUGAGAUCGACAAAAUCGAUCAGCGCCUGGCAUAUCUUGAAAACAGACAAAAAAAGAUAUAUGCGAGGAUGAAAAGAGAUGCGCGUCGUGCAAAGAAGCAGCAGAGACGUCCACCUCAGCAGAGAGAAGCCGGAGCAUCUUCUUCGUCUGCUGGUCGAGAGGCUGUGUCAGAGACAAAGAUAACGCAGCUCGAGCAAUCGCAAGCGGCUAGUCCGAAACUGGCCUUGGAAAAUCCCGAAACUCGUCCCGUCUCGGUGAGCGCCGCCCCGUCGACCGCCUGUUUUUCGCCGGAGACAUCUGAGGCACCUAAUCGCCCGUCCUCCUCCUCGGUGAGAUCGGCACUGGACGCAGCAUGUCGUCGUGGUGACUCUCCCCGGGCGGUUCUUGAUCCCUUAUCAGGCGAAGGCGGAAGCCACGCUGAUAGCUCUUCUCCGGCUGUUGUUCCCUCAUCGGGCGGAAGACAAAGUCGUCCAGGUGUCGCUCAGGUGGUAACGCCAAGCAGAGAAAAUGAGACAGACGCUGCUACCAUUACCGGAACCUGUGCGCCUCUCAACACGGUCGCCGAUACUUCUACACCCGCAGUCGAUAACUGUUUCUCGUUGAUUCCCAGAACUACGACUGGGAACAGUGCGAUGAUUGCGGAGGUUGCGGAGGCAAAAGCCGUCGUGAAAGCCGAAUGGAGUAGGAUACCGGCCUGGGAAAAGCGCCUGGCGUCUUAUACAGAUCUAUGGAAAAUUCUGGUUAAGGACGCGGAGGACACUCAAGAGAAAUGGGAAAAGCCGUUGCCGCAAGACUAUUAUGACAACUGCGCGGCUGUAAUGAACUUUAGACACUAGGUAAAAACGCAACGCUCUCAAUGCCAUCAAGACGAAUUAGUAAUUCUGAUUACUUAAUCACAUGCCUGUAGCUGUGCUAUUAUAUAAAUAUUAAUACUUCUUAUACUUACAAUAUCACAUGUUGUGUUUCACCUUCGGGGGUUCUUCCGCAUAAAAACUUUGUGAAUUCAAGAAAUGGGAUCUAAAGGGGAAGAGUAAAGAACUUAAAACUCCUGAGUUGCGGCAUAGAACUCUAAAAAAGUAUUAGUUAGUAUUUAUUUUUGCAAACCCGCACACCGUUGCUACAAAAAAAAAAGUCAAUGUCAUUUGAUCUUGAUUGACAAAUGAGUUUACGUCCUCUAGGAGAUCAUCCUCUAGCUGCUACUUUUUUGCUCUACCCUGUCCAAGAGUCAUCAUAAUUUAUUCCGAAGUAGGAGCUAGAUUCUUCAAGGAGACGAAGCUCUCGACUUCCUUCUAAAGACAUGAGCAACAACUCAAAUCGGGGGAGCUCCAGCUGUCUGCCACGUAUGUAGCCCCGUUAGCGCGGGCAGCAGCAAGGCGCUUCAUUGCGUUUGUUGGGGAUGCCGAGCCCUGGAAAUCGAUUGCAGAGCCCCUUCUGGACGAUCUGGCAUACAAUUUUCAAUACGAUAAAGUGCCCUCUGAAAAACAUUGGAAUUAUGAUUAGAGACUAAAGAGCCGUUCUCGCGUUUUAGUUGGAGGAGUCUUCUACAAUUGAAGACUGUUCUCAUUUUCGUCUUCCACGACUAUCACGAUGUACAAAUUUAGGAUUAUCACGGUAAAGUAAACAAGAUGAAGACGCGUGCGUGCCUGCGUUGUUUAUUAUACUAUCGACGCGAUCAUAUCUCACUGAUGUCGUACCGGAGUCAGCAUCUCUUUCCAUACAUGCUUAAUUGAUCCAUUAGAGACUUACUUCGUGGGGAGGUGUGUCCUUGUCUAAUUUGAUUUGCUGGAACAAGCAUUGUGGGAUGACGUCAGGGAGAUGAAUUUCCCAGGUUGGGAACCAUUGCGAGCGCAGUUUUUUAGCGGAUCGCAAGCAAACUUUAUCGUUGACCCGCUGCAAGAUUCUUUUGGACAAACUGCAGUAAAAAUUCUCUAUGAGCUUGGCCUAGAUAAAAUUUACUUCUAUCACGUGCUGAAACACAAAUUCUGUACGAAAGAAAGCCAACGGACGAAACUGAACGAGGCGCUCAGAAGAGUACUUUUUAUUUUUUGGUGAAUGAAUGAUCAUGAUGCCUCAACAUACCGGACAACGACAAGAGUCGUGUAAUUAUUAUGGUGAGUAGAAGCAUCUCUUUUUGACGAUCGAAGGUAUAUCAAACGGCACACUGUAAAUCGUCAUGACGGUAAGGGGAUGCAGAGUGCGCGUUGGCAUCAUUGGAAUUGGAUGGCAUUCUAUGGUGUCACCAAAUACAAAUACAGCGUAGUACGAUGUUGACUGAUUCAAGAACUGACUAGCAUACUUAUAUGUUUUUCGGCAGUUCAUUUCUUCAAUUUUUCUUAAGAUUUUUUUGUCUUCUCUAAAACAGCUAAGACAACCCAAAUAUUUAAACAGCUUGCGCGCCGCAACCUUAUCGCUGGUUCCGAGUCACGAGAGUUACGACCUGGGGAAAUUGAGAUGCAUAAGAGGCUCGUGUCCGUGGUGGAACGUCUUUCCCUUCUGAAAGAGCAUUGUAACGCGAAUAUUGCAACUGCGAGCGAAGAUGGUACCGCGGUGAAAUCUGACCGAUCGCAGAAAGAGAAUUUCGGAAUCAAUCCUGAUGUAAAUGAGCAGCAGAAAGGGCAAUGGGAGAGUCUUCAGCAUUAUUUGCGAUGUAAACAUGCCAACGAUCUCGCUGCAAAGGCUUCCGCGGAGGCUGCAGCUGCCGGCUCAGGAGUACGAAACGCGCCUCCAGCAGCUAGCCAGCGUCUUCUUCGAGUUAUUAUUCCUCGUGUUCCAGCAGCGCCAGCGCCUGGAGGCAGUUCUGCUGCGCCAGGCAAUCCUGCAGUCCGUCAACGGAAUGCUGCCGUUCAGGCACAGGGCAAUGCAAUCGGGCAGAGCAACCCUGCUGGUCCAGGCAAUCCUGUGGGGCCAGGCGAUCCUGCACGGCGUCAACGCAAUGCUGGCGGACAGGGCAAUGCAAUUGGGGAGAGUAACCUUGCUGGUUCAGGCAAUCCUGCGGGGCCAGGCGAUCCUGCAGGGCGUCAACGCAAUGCUGCCGGGCAGAGCAACCCUGCUGGGCAAGGCAAUCCUGCAGUGCCACAGCCAGCACGCCGAGGGCUCGGAGCAGGAGCUAUCACUGGAAUCGCUCUUGGCUCUGUCGCGGGAGUCGGCAUCAUCGGCGGCUUAGCAUUCUUCUUCCUUCUUUAG